UAGGUUGUUUUAUAUAAUCAGCUGAUCUCUCGAAACAAAAUUACCAAACUCGCGUGACAACUUUCGUAAACAAAGAGAAUUUUACCAAUUUUGCUUGAAAUCAAUAAAUUGGUCACUUAAUAAUUUACAAGAAAUGGCUUUAAAUAUGAUCAAACAGAUUAGAAUGCUUGGACAACGUUUACUUAUCCCAAAAGCAAGUCAAUCAGCUAAAGUCUAUACUGGAAGUUUGUUCGAGCCUGAUUAUUUACAGACAGGAAAAUCGAAAAUUCCACUUGUCUCCACGUUAAAUGUACAAAUUAAAGGCUACAAUUAUCCUGAGCUGGAAUCCUAUCAAAGUUUCAUACAUAAAAUAGCAGAUAUUAUGCAGAUUGACAUAGAUGACAGUUGGCCAUUACCACCUGAAACAUUCAAAAUUCAGAGAUUUAAAAUGGGAACAGCUGCAAUAGCAGCUGAAUACAAUCUUAAAGUUUAUGAGAGAAAUGUACAAAUAUCUGAUGUACCUUCUACAAAAUGUUCAGUGUUGGUUAGAGUAUUGGAAGCAGCUUUGCCACAAGGUGUUAUCUUAAAUGUUGACAUUUUUGAUCCCGAAUAUGAAAAGAAACGAUAUGUACCGGACAAAGAAUUGCUUGACUUACAGUCAACGUUAGAUACAAUGAAGAAUAAAAAAAGUUAAAGUAUACAUUAUUGUGAAUAUUCUUACAAUGUAGACUUAUCUUACAAUGUAGACUUUAAGUGUAAACACAAUACUUUUGUAUAUAUAUUACUGUAAAAAUACAUCUGUUUUUUAAAUAAAUUUCAAAAACUUAAA